GACCAAACCACCUCCUGCUUUCCACAAGGUCUUUUGCUUCUUUGCAACAACUUCAUCCCACUCCACUCCACCUCGAAUCCAUUCACCAUGUCGGUAGCACGCGCAGCCUUCUCGCUGGCUCGCCGUGUCCCUCUCAGUUCCGCCCGCGUCGCCCCACGAUCCUUCGCGACUGUCGCAGCUCGUCGCUCGAAAUGGGACCCAAAGCCAGGUGAUCCGGAAGGCAAGCUGCUGCCAUUCGAAGAGAUCAAGACUGAGAAGGAUCUUCUCCCCCCUGGAGCUGAACCUGGUACCGUCCCUACCGAUCUCGAACAAGCUACCGGUCUCGAACGUCUUGAAAUUCUCGGAAAGAUGCAAGGCAUUGAUAUCUUCGACAUGUCACCACUUCCAUCCGACAGAAAGGGCACUUUCGAAGACCCAAUCAUCGUCAAGUCUGCUGGUGACGAAAUCCAAGCUGGUUGCACCGGCUCUCCCGCAGAUUCUCACAUUGUGAAGUGGCUUGUGCUUUCCCGAAAGCGACCAUUUGAAAGAUGCAACGAGUGCGGCAGCUGCUACAGAAUGGACUACGUUGGACCCCCAGAUGACCCGCAUGACCAUCACCACCACCAUGGCUAUGAGGAGCCAAAGACCAUGGCUGACUACGUCAAGCCAGAGUACUGGUACAGAUAAGGCGAUGGAUGUCAGCUGAAGUCGUUAAAAGAAUAUUUGGGGGUGUUUUGUACAUAAGGUGAAUUUGAGUCAAUCAGACCUUGAAGAACAAUUGAUUGUGUGGUGUGACAACGAGAGCUCUCGCAUAUUUUCCCUUCUGUUCCUGCCUUAUUGUUCAAGUAUAGGCUUGCAUAUGCACGCACGACAACUAUAUAUAACGCAACAGAUUCGUCUUGAAAAUUGCAACGAUGUGUCCAAGCAAUAGAGCCGCAAAUUGCAAUGAAUGGACUCGACCUAGGGACCUGCAAUUGCCUAUCAAUCAGCGGGCAACUCUCGAGGCCUAGCAUUUCAGCCACAAGGGCCAGACCUCGAAUCAGAGAAUACCGCUCCGGCUCUACUGAAUCUACAUUUUGACACAAGCGUCGGUUUGACGGCACAAGACGGGCUUCUCCAUGCUCAAAUUGGAGAUGAGAUAAGCUGGAGAGGGGACGGAUAUGCGAGCCCUCGUGUUCCUUGACUCGAAAU